AUGACGGUCAAAAGUAGUGGCUACGAAACUAUUCGAAGUGGUGAUACCACGUUGUUUUACAUUAAUCGAUCUGGAUUACCAUUAACGGAACAGAUCAAAGAUCGUAUGUGGGACUUUUGUAAAGAACAAUAUCCAAAUAAUGAAACAGAAAUACAAAAUAUUAAAAAUGCUAAAGAAUAUUUACCAAUAAUUGUACCUGAUCCACCGUAUCAUAUUGCAAAUAAUGUUCGUUAUACCAUUCAUGAAAAAUUACAACAAAUUCAAAAUUACGUUCAACGUUUAGAAUAUAAUUAUACGGGUAUGCAAUUUUUUGACAUACAAUCAAAACGGCCAGUCAAUUAUUUAAUGGAUAUUGCACGAUAUAUUAUGACUGAAUCAUUACCAAUUAAAUGUUUUGAAGCAUUUAUAAUCUGUUUAUAUCUAACUACUGGUAUCACUGGAUUAGAUCGAUUUAAUAUAAGUUUUAAAUCUCGUUUUAAUGGUACAGUGUAUCGUCAUGUUAUCCUUGGUUUGAAAUAUCAUCAAAAUUAUGGAUCGUUAGGUGUUAGUAGACGAAAAGAUUUGAUGUAUAAACCAUUGAAAUACGACAAAUUAUCAGCAUUAAUCGAUGAUUUUAUUUUAGCCUAUAAAAAAUAUGGACAUGAUGUAUUAAAAGUAAAAAUUGGUCUUCCAAUUGUCCACGAUCUAAAAUCAUUUCAGACUAUUAUAUGGAAAGCAAUCAUUGUAAGUCCAAAUAAAACUGAUAAAAUAGACUAUAGCAAAGAAAUAGACAAAAAUACAAGAAUAUGGAGACAAAUGAAUAUGUAUGAAACAUUUAAAUCCAUACCAUCAGCAUCCACAGUUCAACCGAUGGGAACAACGAUAACAGCUGCUGGUGUGGCACAGCCAAAUCGUUUAUCAUAUGUAAAGCCCCCACUAUUGAGCGCAACAGUAACAACGACUAAAAACCCAUCUCGUUCAAUAUGUCGAUUUGUCAAUAUUGAUGAACAAAAAAAUAUUCCCUGUGCUAUCAGGGUAUAA